UUCCAUACUGGAUGCCCUGUCACUUUCUCCUCAACAAUUGUAUUUUUAGAUUCGGGUCUUGUGAUUCACGUUCAAAAAGUCGUAGUUUUAAGUAAAUUAAUGUAUGAUUCUUCACCGAAAUUGUCACCUCGAGAUUUGCAUCCUUCAGUAGUAUGUCCUUACAAUUUUUUAAAAACUACAAUAUAUUAUGUAAAAUUGGUGAAGGAUCGUUUUCUGAAGUUCUUAAAGUUCAAUCAAUCAAAACUGGCCAAGUUUUUGCAGCAAAACGGCUGAAGAAAAUGUUUAAAGACGAUUUGGAUUUGCUUACAUGUGUGGAACUGGCGGCCAUUAAAAAUAUGGAUCAUCAUCCCAAUGUGAUUGAGAUUAUUGAUAUCGUAUGCGAUCCGCUACCAGGACACCUUACUUUAAUAUUUGAACUGAUGGAUAUGAGCUUGUACGAGUACCUGAAGACGAGGAAACGAUGUCCUUCCGAGUUGAAAGUCAGGCUCUUCUUAUAUCAAUUAAUUUGCGGUAUUCGGCACUUGCAUCUAAAUGGGAUUUUCCAUCGAGACAUAAAACCAGAAAAUAUUCUUCUUAAGUUCGAUAGUAAACACCAGUUCGGUUUCAGUCAGAUAGAGCUACUCAAGAUAGCUGACAUGGGGUCAGCAUGCAACAUUUACAAAAGUCCUCCGCAUACCGCUUAUAUCUCUACAAGAUGGUAUCGGGCCCCGGAGUGCCUUCUGAGUCAUGGAUACUAUGGUCCUAAGAUGGAUAUCUGGUCGCUGGGCUGUGUAUUCUAUGAGAUGCUUACAUUACUCCCGUUGUUUCCAGGGGAUAAUGAAUUGGAUCAAUUAUAUCGAAUUCAUGAUAUCCUGGGAACACCUACAAUUUCAAUGCUCUCAAGGUUCAAAAAAAGAACCAAAAUGUUCAUGUUCCCUAAGCGGAAACCAAUAGGUUUACAUAAUCUACUGCCCGCUACUAGUGAUGAUGGGGUUGACAUUCUCUCCAGAUGCCUAAUUUACUUACCAGAGAUUCGAUUCGAUAUUUCCCGAAUAGCUAACCAUUCCUAUUUCAGAAACCUCAGGACCUCAUCUUCAGAAUUUUAUUCGACUCCUUCGUUGAUUUGUCCGGCAGCGAAAAAGUGUACACAACUUACUGCGAGGAAGGCAAAUCCUUUAAAGGAUACAUUAAAUGCAAAUAAAACACUCAAAUCGAAAGGAAAAUUGACAAGCGUUACCUCGCGGUCCUUAGAUACACAGAUUUUCUCAAUUUCUAAUAGAGAAAAUAUAUUGAAACAAAAGGAAAGGAUAUGGGGUAUGAGCCCAGGUAAUGCCAAGACGGCAUUGAUUAAGACAACGAUAUUUCCGCAGAGAAGGAAGAUAAAAUAAUUACGUUAAUUUAUAUUUUUAGAGCAGCCUUAGAAUUCUAAUGUAGUGGAUUUUAUCUUUUAUCUCUUAAUAUAUUUAGAUGCUUACAGUAAAAUGCAAAUUG